ACACUAAAAAAAUCAAUAUAAAUAUACAUGUUUUAGAGAGAGUGCUUGUUUUGCUCAACAACUUCCUUGCACCUCAAGUCGGCUGCUUUGGCCUUUGAGCAUUGAGCUUGAUCUCCCCUUUAUUUCAUUUCUACUCACAAACGUCACCAACUAUAAAAACUUACAUUGGGUUUGAUUCUUGCUUUGUUCUGUGAAAACAAAGCAUAACUUUUGACUCUCAAAACUUUUCCAAGAAUCUUGGGUACACUCGCCCAUUUCAAGCUUGCAAACAAGAAAAAAGCUCAACUAUUUACAAAGGGCAGAUACAAAAGUCCUAACUUGCUAGAAUUUGGUUAAAGCAAGUACUUCAUGGCACUGGCACGGGUUGCUAGGAGUGGCUUGAGAAGAUCAGGAGGUGCCAUUGGCAGUUCCAUAAGUGAGAGGGAUAUCUUCUGUGAGAGAGUAUCCAACCACAAAAGUUUCCUUCCUUCCCUUGAAAAAAUCAAUUCGCACGGUAAUUUGACGUACCUUUCCACAAUCAAGAGGGUAAAUUACAUGAGCUUUGGGAGCAGGGAAAUAAGUACAACCCCACAUUAUCGAAUUCCUUCAGCAGAGCGGUUAGUGGAGUCGGAGUCAGAGUAUGAUGAGCCAAGGUAUCCAGGAUUAGAGGCCACCAAGCCAGGUGAAAAGCCUAGAGUGGUUGUCCUUGGUACUGGAUGGGCAGCCUGUCGAUUUCUCAAGGGGCUUGACACUAGAAUUUAUGAUGUUGUUUGCAUAUCACCUCGAAACCACAUGGUCUUCACCCCUUUGCUUGCUUCAACUUGUGUUGGAACCCUCGAAUUCCGCUCAGUUGCUGAGCCCGUUAGCCGGAUACAGUCUACUUUGGCAACAAGCCCCAGUUCAUACUUUUAUCUGGCUUCUUGCAUUGGCGUUGACACUGACAAACAUGAGGUGUAUUGUGAGACAGAGAGCAAUAGUGGACUACCUUAUGAGCCAUAUCAAUUUAAAGUUGCAUAUGACAAGCUUGUAAUUGCUGCUGGAGCUGAGCCUUUAACUUUUGGUAUCAAGGGGGUGAAAGAAAAUGCAUAUUUCCUUCGCGAAGUGAUUCAUGCCCAAGAAAUUAGGAAGAAGCUCCUUUUGAACCUGAUGCUCUCUGAAAAUCCAGGCAUAUCAGAAGAAGAAAAGAAACGCCUCUUGCACUGUGUUAUCAUUGGAGGUGGCCCUACAGGAGUGGAGUUCAGUGGUGAGUUGAGUGAUUUUAUAAUGAGAGAUGUCCAGGAGAGGUAUAGCCACGUAAAAGAUCACAUUAAAGUCACGCUUAUAGAGGCAAAUGAGAUUUUGUCAUCCUUUGAUGUUGGCCUACGCCAGUAUGCAACAAAUCACUUGACCAAGUAUGGCGUGCACCUUAUGAGAGGUGUGGUGAAAGAGGUUCAUCCCAAAAAAAUUGUUCUCAGUGAUGGAAGUGACGUCCCUUAUGGCCUCUUAGUCUGGUCUACUGGUGUUGGUCCCUCCCAGUUCGUGAAAUCAUUAAAUCUUCCCAAGUCCCCUGGUGGAAGGAUUGGUGUUGAUGAGUGGUUGCGUGUUCCUUCUGUAGAAGAUGUAUUUGCACUUGGAGAUUGUGCUGGUUUCCUUGAACAGACAGGGAAGUCUGUGCUUCCAGCUCUAGCUCAGGUUGCAGAAAGGCAAGGGAAAUACCUGGUGGAGUUGUUUAACAGUGUUGGGAAACAGGAUGGAGGCAAGGCUCUCAGUGCCAAGGACAUCUCUCUAGGAGAGCCUUUUGUCUAUAAGCAUCUCGGAAGCAUGGCAUCUAUUGGUCGUUACAAGGCCCUGGUGGAUCUUCGCCAAUCCAAGGACGCUAAAGGCAUAUCACAUGCCGGAUUCGUGAGCUGGUUGAUUUGGCGCUCGGCUUACUUGACGCGCGUUGUGAGUUGGAGGAACAGGUUUUAUGUGGGAGUGAACUGGGCGACGACGCUGGUCUUUGGCAGAGACAACUCCAGGAUUGGUUGACACUUGACAGAGCCCCCAUCCCCCAUGUCUUCAAUGGCUCCCAUCGGUCUUUGACCCUACGUUAAUCUUUUAUUGAUUCCACUUUCACUCCUCAUUUUGUAUAUUACUGGUGUUAGCUUAAUGUUGUUCACUGAUUCUGAAACUACGUAACGCUCAAGCAAGCCCAUGAAUUGAAGGGCACAAUUCAUUGAAACCAAAAUGAUUAUGAAUAAUAUCAUUGCUUUGGCGAGAGACCUAUGUGAUGAACCAUCAUCGGCCAAAGUUCUGUUCUACCAACCCAAAUUAAAAAGAAUAAAAAAAGAUGGGAAAAAAAUUCCAUAAGUUCUGGGGUAAAGAUAUCUUCAGUAACAGGGGAACUACAACAGACACCAAAGCUAAAAUUCUGGGGAGACCUCUUAACUUAACUGAAAGUGGGAACAGACAAGGAUGUUCAAUUGAGUCAGAAGCCAAGAUCCCCCUUUCGUUAAUCUUAAAGCUGAUCCGUUAUCUUAUUAGCUAAAAAAGUUGGAAAUUGCUUUCUUCGAGAACUAUGUACUGGGAAAUGGGAAUCAAUCAAAAGAACAUUGCCGCCCACUACUUCAAAGCAGAACCCAUUCAGAUAAACUGAUAUUUAAAAGAAAAACAAAAUGAAAAUUCAUUUAUCCGAGAGCUAUUACUACAAAGUAUGUACAAAACUGACAUGAACAUCAACCAAAAACAAGACAGCUCACAUCUUUCCUAGGACAGGCAACAACCCCUCCCACUCUUUCUUCCAAAAUCAUCAAAAUUUCGUGUCUUUCUUUCUUCCCUUGUUUGGGACAUAGAUGUAGAGCUAGGACAAGUUUGCAGCAGCAGCUGCCCUGCGACUGCUUGGAGAAAAUAUAGAAGCAAAAGAAUGGGCAAUCCCCACCAAUAUUGCCACUUUCACUUGACCCCUCCUUGGGAUCGGACGUCCAGCAAUCCUUGGUGAAAAAUUCCCACUGUUGAUCAUUGCCCUUCUUGCACCUGCCAUUUUUUUUGCUUUUUUUUUUCUUUCGCUUCCGCAAAGACCUGGAGAUUGAAGAGAGAGAAGAAAACAGA